GACAAUUAUUUCAACUUUUCAAUUUUAUUUUAUAGGCAAAAAAUGUGAGAUUUUGCAAGAUAUGAACAGACACUUGGAAGCUGUACUGCGCGAGAAGACAGCUCUUAGGAAGAGGUUGAUAAAGCCCAGAUGUCAGGAGACCCUGCCUAUUGAGGCUACUUUCCACAAAUACAUAGUAGACCUGUUGGCUGAGGCUGUGACUUUCAUCGAGAAGUUUGAAAGCCAUUUGCAGGCCAUGAGAAGCAUCCCUCAGAUACCAGAUAUCGUAAAGAAUAUGGAAACUGCUUUGACAAAAAGUGAGUUGCUCGUGAUGGAGUUGGAGGAGCUGGCAGAGCAAAUACUGAAAUGGAGAGAGCGGCAAGAAGACGUGUAUUGUGACAGCGUCUGCAGUAGUGCUGAAUGGGACUUUGGCUUACCCUCGGUCUAA